GAAGUGAGGUAAAGGUGAGAAACGAGAGGGGAAGGCUACAGAGCUUUUCAAAUUAGGACAUAAUUUUUCAAGUUGCAAAAUGUUUGUAGGGCGGUGGAAAGCUUGGGGUGAGAGGAGAAGAGUGAGCGAAGGUUGGCACUGAGCUGGGCUGUAGAAACAAGUGACUUACUGUGAAAGGUAAGGAGCAGACGGCGAAGGUGAUGGUCAUAAUAGCCAGGAGGAUGAGGUGGUCCGCCUCCUCCGCCAUGGACAGCCUAUCCCCUCUUUUGCGGGCCCCGGGACCUCGGCCACUGCAAGAGGAAGGUCCGCAGCGGCUCCUCCUGCUUCGGCGGUGCAUUCGGACCAGGUUGAGGAUGACACUGAAGUUGCAGGCGAGCACCGCCACAAUGAGCAGCAGCAGCACGGUGGCAUAAAGCUGCAGGUAAGCUGUUCGUCCGUGUCGGAUGAAGCACCAUGUCCCGGGGCAGUACUGGACGUACUGCCCGUAGUCCAGCAGCGGCAGGGAGCACAAGAGCAGGGAGACAGUGUAGAUGACUGGCAGCACCACCAGGCCCCCGCGGCGCGAGAAGCGGCGCCGGUAGAAGUAGGGGUGCCCGAUGGAUAGGUAGCGCUCCAGGGCCAUAGCAAAGAGCAUGAGCAUCGUGGCCAGGCUGAAGAAGGUCAUAGAGAAGGCGAAGUAGGUGCAAGCACGGCUUUCGGGCGCUAGGGCCACCAGGGUCUGGUUCCGUGCGUAUGAAGCCAGCACUACUGGGCUGAUAAGGCAGGUACCGAGCAGGUCAGUGAACACCAGCUCUGUCACCAACACGUGGAACAAGGAGAUGGAGUUUCUGCCGCCGGCGCUGCGCCCCGCGUCCCCUCGCCAGCGGCGCGCCAGCAGCGCCAACGCGAUGAGGUUCCCCAGCACCCCAGCGGAGAACAUCACAGAGCUGAUGGCUGGACUUUCGCCUGCGGGGAGCCACUGUCGAGUCUCGCAGUCCUCGGACCCCGAGUUAUUGGAGGCAUUGCCCAUGAUGGGAUGCGUGAAGCAGAGAUGCGCCCUCCUCUCCCGGCCUGUACCUGGGAGGAGGGUCGAGAACCCGAGUGCAAGACCCAGAGGGAAAAGGGGAGGGACCGAAAUCCAGAGUCCCCUUCCGGCCCCCAGCACGCGCCAAGGGCAGUCUCGCCCCGGGGCUCUCGCCGCGCGCGCAGUGGCAGUUCAGCUGCUGCAUCCGGUCGCCCUCGAGGUUCCAGCGCCUUACCAGCUCUGACCGGGUCCGGGAGCCCAAGUGAAGAGGAGCGACCGCCUCCGCCCCAUACCGUCCGCGGGGCGGAUCCAGGAGUGGCGUUGCACAGUGCAAGUGCCAGCGCCCGUGGGCUGCCGGCUAGACCAGACGCAUCACACUUGCUCGGACUCUGCGGGUCCCAGGGGCGCGCCCGCCCGGAUGGAAAGGGACCGGGUUUAGAACCCCAGCCCCGCACAGCGCAGGUUGGGGACGCGCGGGCUGCCCGCGUUUGGGAGCUGCCCGCCAGCUGGAGAGGCGUUCCUUGCACCCUCGGGAUCCCGAACUCAAAGCUACUGAGCCUUCUGAUCUCUGCUAGGAAGCGUUUAGCCUCGGCACAGAGCUGGGAAGGAGGGCGGGGGUACUUUCAGGGUCUGAACAAAAUACAUAGAAGGCGGGGGCGACAGGAAAAGCAAACGACUCACCAAACAAUGAAGAAGUUAGGAGGACCCCGUUCGGUGAGGUGAACUGGGGAAUGAGAGACACAAAAGACAGCUUGAAUUCUAAGAACACCAUCUGUGUCCUGUAAUAUCCCAGACAAGAAUUAUACCACUUCAUUGCAACAAGCAGAAGCUCCUAAGAAAGAGGAUUUGUUGAAAGGACACAGAGAUGUCCACUGCUUAACAGGUGGGUCUUUUUUUUCCCCCCUCACAUACGAAGUUUCUAGAUUGCUUGCUGCUGGAGCUACCAGGACACAGGCUCUUUCUGUCCUCCAACCCUGUCAUUCCUUGUGUGCUGACUUUGUGUCUCUGUGUUCUUCCCCGUGAGGCUACCAACUGCAUCCUGUACAUUUCAGGAUUUGAUCAGAGAAACAGGUCCACUAUGAGUGAUAAGGAAUGUGGAAUUUAUUAUUAGGCACUAGCCAGCAUUGCCCAAUAUGCUAGCCACCUGCCGCAUGUGGCUAUUUAAAUUAUUUAAAUUUAAAUUAGAGAAAAAUUAAAUUUCUUGGUUUAAGAAACUUAAGUUUCAAGUGCUCAGUAGCCAUAUAUGGCUAUCCUACUUGGUGGCUUGUAUUAAAACACUCCCUUCAUCACAUAAGUUCCAUUAGACAAUGCUGCCUUAGGUCCUGCACGAUAAGGGAGCUGGUGGAAGAGUCUGUGCGGGGCUGUUGCUGUCUUUGUUUCUUUUGUGGAUCCUGCCAGAAUGGCAGUCAGGGUAUAGAACUGGUUGUGGACAAGAUCCAAGAAUAGAAUGGAAGGAUAAACCAGACUCAUGAACGAUGGAAGUCUUUGAGGACAGACUGGAUCUGCAUGUGUCUUAUUCCCUCCAGUGUCAGUGUCCUGCAGAAGAAGCUGGCACCCUUCAUGGAUCUGCAGACACACUUGGUUUAGGACUUGAAGGAACCAAAAGAGGAGAUGUGGUGGGAGCUGAAGGAGCUGUGAGCCUGGUGCUGCCCCAAGCAGCAAGGUGAGCCAGCAGAUGAGCAUGUGAGAGUGGCCAAUGUCGCUGGAGCCUUACAUUUUCCUUCAGAGCAUAACCACCGUGGAUGCUACGUCCCUGCUGUCUUUACAAUCUCCUGCAACAUGUCCCUUGUGAUCAGUGCUAACCUGGAAUUUGCAAGGAUCUGGACAACAAUUCCUUCUUGCCUUGGUUGACACAUACAAAGCCACCACCCAACACCCUGGGUCCAGGCAUCAAUCUACAGUGAGGACAGGGGCAAAGAAGAGACUGCUUCAGUGAGCUUACUCUCUUUUAUGCCUGUUUCUUUUAUCAAGAAAGUAAAAGGUUUUCUAGAAGAACCACAAGAGACUCUCCUUAUGUCUCAUGGCCUUAAUUUGGUAAUAUUUCCACCCCUUACCUCCAAAGGAGGCCUGCAAAGGGGACAUUGAGCUUUUCCAGACUCUCCUAGAGUAAAGGAAGGCAAAGGAGAAGGGGCUGGGAAUGACUGGUGAGUUAGUGAACCAAGAGUGUCUACUGCAGAUCUGCAUGGUGCAUCCCUCUGUCCCCUCCUUAUAGCUGGAAAAAAGUUCAAGAACACCUAGUCCAAGUCCUUCAUUUACAUGUGAUGAAACUGAGGCUCAGAAGGGUUAAGCCCUCUUCAAACAACUACUUUGACAUUAGAUUUUUGGCAUCUCUUAGUUUACUGCUUAACCUAAUUUUAACACUACCAUGGGUCA